UACCGCCCUCAGUCCACCGCUGUCCGUGUCAGUGUCGAUUGUUGUUGCCUGUGUCGUCGUGUGAUCCGCUGCCGCCGCCGCCGAUAAUUAUAACAACCAAUGCAAAACCCUCUCCACUACCCCGUUUGUGGAUUUUGUUUUUCAAUCUGAAAUUAUAAUAAAACAUUUAUUCGCGGCUAAUCGGUCGCUUUAUACUUAGACGGCGUUUGACAAACUAUCCGAUUAUUUGUUUUUCGUUUCCGUUUCGUCGUUUACAGAAUCAUUUUGUAUGUGUGCGAUUUUAACAGUUUUCCAACGCGGUAACCCGCAGCGGAGAAAACUGCAGUCUUGGUAGUUCGCAUAUAAUAGCCGCGUCACGCAGUCUCGGCGAAAUGGCCAAGGCUCCAGGAGAAAGCAAGAUACCUGUGCUUCAUUCUAACCAACUAAGAUCUCGAUUUUCUAAUAUUUCAAGUAAAGUCCGUUCGCAUCUUGAUGGUUCCUAUCGAACUUCAUCUCCAUCAAUGCUGUUUGGACUUUUUAGCAAUACUGAAAAUAAAGUACAUCCACCCACUCGUCCUACAUCGCUUUUUAAAUCAACUAGUCGUACCACAGUAUCUGAAAAAGAUGUUGGAAGUUAUGUUGAAUUAACUAGGCAUUCAAGAACUGGCAUUCUUAGGUAUUUUGGUAAAACUGUUUUGGGUCCUGGUGAUUGGUGUGGAGUAGAAGUUGAAAGUGGACACGGAGUUUGUGAUGGAUCUAUAUGCGGAGUAAGAUAUUUUUCUUGUCGUGAUCAAUGUGCAUUGUUUGUCUUGGCACAUUUGGUACGUAUAUCCGAAUGUCAAAAUGUUAUUGAUGACAAAACAGAAACUGAAGUCAUUCCUGAUGAUGGCUGUGCAUCUAAUUUGGAAAAUUGGGAUUUAGAUAUUCUUAAAACAGAAUUCCCAUUUGAAUGUACUGACAGUCUUGGUAUAUUGUCACCAGAUCAAAUGGUUGAAUUUAGAGGAGAUGAGGCAAAUUAUGAAGUUCCUGGUCUUCUUUUUAAAAUGUCACCUCAUCAAUUAACAGAAUGUAUUUCUGAUGGGGAUGUAACAAUGAAUGAUUUAGAAACAAUAUCUAUGCCUAAAGAUGACGAUUUGGUUUCUCCAGUUCUGUCUUCAGAUCCCUCUAAUCAUACAGUGUCUGAACAUGAUAGUGCAAGUGCUUAUCCAAAACGCUCAACUGUUUCUUUUGGACAUGUUUUUUAUGAUAAUUUUACAAUUGAUCGGACUCCAUCCUUAGAAGAUUUACCCAUGGAUGAUUUUUCAUCAAAAACAACUACUGAUGUGGUUCCAGUCCCUAAUAUUCCUACAAUAAACGCAGUUGUUACAAGCAUAACCAGUGUUAGUAGUCUUGAUACUGGUUAUCAAGGAGAUUGUGAAACUAGUCGUCCUACUAGUCGUGGAGCUAUGGUUAAACGCCUUGGACCAACUGAACCAAUGACAGACUCAGAUUUUUUUACUGAGAGUGAAGCAGAAGAUCAUUGUCAUCGUAAAGCUAUAGUUAUUGAUGGUACACUAUACUCUGGGGAUAAUAUUAAACCAGAAACUCAACCAGAUAAUCACAACAAUCCUGGUCCCACUAUUGAAGAAAUGGACUCAAGUGGUGUUUAUUCUGAUUUUGAUAGAAUAUUUGAGGAGCCACCUACACUUAAAGAUAGUUCAGAACCAGUUUCUUCAAACAAUUCAACUUCUCCGUCAUCUGUUAACAGCCAACAAAUCCAUAUAGUUGCCAUUGAUCAACCAUCUAGUUCAACAAUACCAGAAUGCACAGAAGAUGCAUCAAGUCCUGCUAGUAAACGUUAUAAACGACCCACACCAGUGAAACCUAAAACUUUGGAAGUACGACAGGAUCAGGAAAACAGAGCUCCGAGAACUAGAAAACCAGCAGGUCGUUGGGAUGCUGUAAUGAAUAAGAUAGAAAAAAGUAAAACUGAUCAGAAGAGCCGUAUUAAUCGGUUGAAAGAUGUCAAAAGCAAGAUUAAUUCUAUUAAUCCAUUGACGAUACCUUAUACUAACAGGUUGAAAGAAUCUCCCACAAAUAGUGAACCAUUGCCUGUCAGAUCUCACAGAGAAAAUACACCUUUGAAAGCUAAAAGCCGUAGAACUAGAGCUCGUGGUGGAUCAGAAUCCAAUUUACCAAUGUCAGACCAAAAACCUAAUUCUUCUAGACAAAGAUGUAUUCCUAAGAGUUCUCAAAACAGUUCUAGAGAUAGUUCUUUCAGUGAUCUUAGUGGAGAAACCAAAAUUACAUUGAAACAAGCAACAUCACAUCCUUCUUUAGCCAAUAAAAAUUGUAAUCUGCGUUCACCAUCAGUAAAUGUUGUGAUACCGUCGGUGCGCAAACAUCUGACUGCGCCUUCAAAAGCAACUCCUCAAAACCGAAAAUUAAACUCAGAUCACAACUUAACGAUAACAAAAACAGAUGGCAAAACGAUACCACCACAAGUCAAUAAAACUGCAGCUUCCGCAGCGGUGGCAACAAAAAUCAAAGAUGCUAAAAGAGAUACUGUGGAUCGAGAAACUCUGCGACUUGUUGAGACACAACUGGAUCAUGUCACUAAAGGUUUCGACGCGGUAUCUGUACUCUUUCAAUACCUUGUCAACGAUAUGGAUGCUCUCUCUACAACAAGGCUGAAACAACAGUUGGAUGCAAAUCACAACGAUUUAGUAUCAACUAAAUGUUCAUUGGAUGAAUCUCGGGCGAAAUGUAUUCAGUAUCAAGAAGAAAUUUUUAAACUUCAAAAAGAAAUCGAUGACUAUAAAAACAAUUUGGAAAUUAAAGAAAAACUCGUUAAUGAAAUAACUUCUCUAAAAGAAACAGAAAUCUAUGGACUAGAAAAGAAACUCGAAGCGCAAGCAAAUAACUUGAGGUUGCAAUUCAACGAAGAACUCAACAGACACAGGAAUGAAUCCGAUGAGGAGAAAAUGAAAUUGAUAAUUUCGCAUGACCAACAAAUCGUCGAACUCCAACAAACCAACAAACUUGAAAUGUCUCAGAUGCAAAAGUCGGCUACAGAAAAACAGAUUGAACUCACCCAAAGAAUUUUAGUGUUGGAGAACGAACGUGAUUUGUUAGAGUCCGAAAGAGAUGUACUAAAAGAAGAAAACCAGCGUUUAAUCGAGGACAAAAAAUUACAAAAUACAAGUCUUGGUUACCAAAAGUUAUUGGACGAAGUAGAAUCGCUGAGAACCGUACUGGAGUUGAAGAGUUCUGAAAUGCAAGACCUCCGUAAACAAAACGAAAAAUUACAGAGAGAAGGUGAUGAUUUACCAGCGAUUUUGCAAAAAUUAGAAGCGGCCCAGUCUCGAGUAGAAGAUUUAAACGUACAGCUACAGAGAAAGUCAGAAAUCGAAAUGCAACUCAGUCAAGAAAAAGAUCAAAUGGCUCGUGAAAUUGACUUAGAAAAACAAAAAAAGAAACGGCUGUCCUGUCACAACGAAGAAUUGCAGUGGAAACUGAAAAAGAGUACUGAAGUUGCCAACCAUUUAGCUGUGUCGACAAAGAGAUUGAGCCAAACACCGCAAGAUCUUGCAGCUAUGAGAGAGGCACAAAAUAACUAUCAGAAACUUUGUAGCAGGGAGAGCUCAAAUUCAGAAAACAGCGGUGACGAGGACACGAUGAUCAGUCAAUUGGUGGAGGUUGAUUCGGAGGCGCCAGCCCGGAUACUGGGCGUGAUGAAGAAAAACGAUUCGUUGUCGUACGUGUUCGAAGUAGAAGAGGAACCGUCGGAGAUCGCCACGCGGCUGUUGCGCCGGGCCAGCAGCCUGCGGUCUGUGGGCAAAUCGCGGACGCGUGCUCGAGGACCGGCAGGUGGCGAGAAACGGUCCAGAGCUAGCUCGCAGUCGGGUGGCGGCUCGUCCGACAAGUCGGUGGAACUGGAUUCGGCGCUCACCCGGAACCUGGACGAGUUGUUUGCACCCGGCCCGACCGACAGGUAUCUGAGUGACUGUUUCACGUGCAGCUCGGACUCGUCCAAUUCGUCGCCGGAGCACCAUAACCACAUGCAGACCUACGAACAGAACCGUGGUCCGUCCUACGUACAGAUAGUCGCCGAGCAGACUGGCGGUGGCGAUAAGGCCCAAGGCGGAGGACUGGCUAUCGUCUGAGAAGAUUUAUUCGUCGUUGUCGUACGCAAUGGUGAUGGGGGAUAUGGGAGGGAAGUCCUAUAAGUGAUAUAAUAUUUAGAUUCUUAUUUCAUGUUCGCGCACAAUACGCAUUCUUUAAUAGACUAAUUUUUUUUCUCGUUAGAAUGUGCCAAAAACGUACGAAUGUUGUUAUAUUCACAAUCCGUAUUUAUAUAAUAUUUUUAUGUGUGUUUAAUGUAAAAAUCUAAGUACCUUUUAAUUUUUAGCG